ACCAUCUUGCGUGGCAUAUGAUAGCUCAUUAGGAUUCACGACGGAGAGGUUCCUUUCCUUUCCUCUUUGCGAUAACAUAAAACACCUCGACCUCUCCUCCACCUCCUCCUCCUAUCUCUAAUCUCACUCAACUAAGGAACAAACAAUACAACCGCAACAAGAUGCAGGAGCUAUCGAACUGGGGUCACGUGGUACUAAUAUGGACUCUUGUCCUAGUACUUUACAUUGUCCUCGGCCUGCGAACGUGGGCGCUGCGAAGCACGAAUUAUAGCAUGUUCUCUCCGCGCGGGAUCAGUACACUGUGCAUCUCCCUGACAGUAACGCUGGUAACGGUGGUCUGCGCUGCGGUUACAUGGAGCUUGGUCGGGCCGUUGCACAGCGUUCCCAAGGAUGUUCUUGAAUCACUUUACAACGCCGACUCAUCAGGUUCUGGGGACGUCGUCUUUGACGGUGAUCCUCGGGCCCCUAUGGAGCUGGUUUUCAAGGUAUGUUUCUCUUCCGCCUUCGGAGUAGCACGGGGAACGGGACUGAUCUGAUAUGCAAUGAAUAGGUCAACUUCGGCUCCAUGAUCCUCUUCUACGUCGUCCUCUGGCUUGUAAAGGUCGCCUUCGUCGUCAUCUACUUUGAAUUCUCAAAGGAGCUAUCCCACCGGACCCGCAAGCUACUGUAUAUCACCAUAGCAGCGGUCGCGGUAACCUUCAUAUUCGUGAUCUGCCUCCAUUGCCUCUGGUGCCUCCCUAUAUCGGAAAACUGGGCUUUCAAAGCGCUCACCGAUACGGAUACCUGCCGCGCGAAUCUGGCGCCAUCGGUCAUCGCCAGCGUCAUAAACGUCCUCGUGGAUAUCCUCAUCAUGGUGGCCGGCUUCUCCAUCGUGCGCUCCCUCGACCUCGGCGGGAGUAACAUCCGCUCCGCGUACCUCAUCAUCACGAUGGGAUCCCUGACCGUUGUCGUCGCAUUCAUCAGAAUGAUCGUGUUGGCGGUACGAAUGAAGAAUCAGAAUAGGACGUAUGACAACAUCUACAACGGAAUGGCGAGCGAGCAGAACAGGGCGAGCGUGUACGUCCCCAUUCAGGAGAGCGCCGUCGGGUACGCUGAGGUUGAGGCCAUUCUGGCGUGCAUUGCCGCAUGCCUGCCCGGAAUUCGCGUGCUCUUUCGCAAGCACAUUGCCCGGCGAUCCAGAUUGACCUUCCAAGAUUGCGGGAGUGCGGGGUCUCCUACGCCGCCGUCUUCUCCCCCUACUUCGUGCUCUUCUCCUCCGACUUCGUGUUCCUCUCCUCCCACUUUCUAUUCGCCUUCGAUCCCGGCCACGCCUCCACCGAUUUAUGAGCAGAAGGUACGGGUCGAGGAGAUGGUCUAACUUGACCCUUUUCCUUCAUCAUCCUUUUCAUUUCUUUUAUUGCAAGUUUUCCUUUGCGUUGCAUAUGGUGUCAUGAUUAUAGCAUGGCAUGUAAUUACCAGUGUGAUGAUGUUUUUCUAUUUCACCUCAGGUUUUUUUUCCUUUUCAUUUUUUUCAUUUUCACUUUAUGCAUAUUCGGUGGGGUUUAUCAUUUUUCAUUUCGUUCCUGGGGACAUUUGCAUGGAUCAGGGGGAGCAUUUUUAUUUUCUUGCAUGGUCUGUUCGGUUCGGUUCGGGUUUCGGUGCAUAUCACGGUCUCUCAUUUUAUAUCAUAACUCCAUUACUUUCCUUCAUGUAUCUUUUUUAGGGACUUUUUUUCUUUUCUUUCUUUCUUUCUUUCUCAAUAUUUGUACAACUUACAUCUUGUUAAUACUGGGUUGGGCAGAGGUUGAAUCGGGAGUAGAAGCACAGAGCACAUCACUUAGAUAUCAUAUAACAAGACACUCUUUAUU